AUGGCGCGCCUCGGCCUCCUCCACCACGACGCCGACGACCUCGUGCUCCUCACCUGCACGUCGCUCCCCAAGGCGACCCACCUCAAGCUGCGGCCGCACACCUCCGCCUUCCUCACGGUCAAGCACCCCAAGGAGCUCCUCGAGUACAACUUCGCCAGGUACAGCUGCGUGACCGUCGGCGACACCGUGACCGUCACCGAGGGCGACGCGCGGUACCUGUUAGAUGUUGUCGAGGCCAGGCCCGCCCUCGCCGUGUCCACCCUCGAGACCGACUGCGAGGUCGACUUCCUCCCGCCGCUCGACUACGUGGAGCCCCCGGCGCCGGCGCGCGCGUGGAUGUCCACCAAGGAGUUCAGCGUCGGCCCUGGCGAGGUCGCCACCGUCGACUUCGAGCCCCCCGCGGACAUGGUCGGCGCCCGGCGGUUCUCCGGCGCCGCGGUGCGGAUGGACGGCAAGCCCGUGGAUCCGGCCCCUCCGGUCGUGCCCGCGGCGGCCAAGGGCAAGGGUACUAAGAAUGGGCUUCGGUUCGGCGCCGGCGCGUCGGUGCCGGCCGCCGGCAUGGUGGGGAAGAAGACUGGUGACGGCGACAAGGGCAAGGAGGACGGACGGUUCACCGGGCGGAAGUACUCUCUGCGAGACUGA